CCCGUCACGGCCGGACUCUCGUUCCCAGUACUACGACCGGGAAAGGCAGAGACCCUAUGCACCGCGCACAGUUAAUCAGCAGCAAGCGCCGAGUGAAGACCUGGAUUUUGUGCAUGAAGAUGGUCGAUCUCAUUCCCGUGACUCUCGUGAUCGUGGCAGUGGUCCUUUUGUGCCGCCGGAACAGCAUCGCCCUCCUAUAGAAGUAUCGAGAAAGCGGUCUCGUAACGAUAUGGAGGUGGAUGAGGAGGAUGACGUCGAUGCUUCUCCCGUGGGAGGUAGCUCAGGGGGAGGAGGGGGAGGAAACACAAAGUUCCCAGGUGGGCACCUUUCGGACGAUAGGGGAGGAAAGAGGAUGCACCAUGACGCACAUUCUGCUACUCCUUCCCAUGUGUCGGAUGCCCAAGAAGAGCCCGAAGGGGAACACUCGGAUGCUUAGAGUAUAAAUUUGUCUAUCUGGGUGACAGGACGGCGACUAGAUUCCUAUUUUGAUAUUCUUGAGUUCUGGUACUUCUGAUGGUCCAUUGUGCGUUUGUAAAUGUUGUUACAUAGUUCGGUAUACGCCUAAUGAGAGUGAGCAAUUCUUGGUUU